CAGCAUUCAAUGGCGAUUGCCAUAGACAUCAUCAAAAUGGACGCGCUUAUGAAAGUCAAUUUGUAUGAACUGCUUCAAAUAUCAUCAAAUGCCGACGAAAAAGAAAUAAAAAGCGCUUACAGAAAGAAAGCUUUAACAUGUCAUCCAGACAAGAACCCGGACAACCCCCGAGCAGCCGAACUGUUUCAAGAGUUGUCAAGGGCUCUAGAGAUCCUCACUGACACAGAGGCAAGGGCUGCUUAUGACAAAGUCCUGAAAGCUCGAGAAGCUGCGAAGGUUCGUAACAGAGAACUUGACGCAAAGCGUCGCAAAUUAAAAGAAGACCUUGAAGCCCGAGAGCAGCAAGCACUCAACAACAAAAUCGAUGAAAUAGAUGCAGCAAAGCAAUUUGAAAAGGAGAUUGAAAGGUUACGGAAAGAAGGCUCAAAGAAGCUAGAAGAAGAGCGUGAACUGUUGCGCAAACAGAUUGAAGAAGAACUAGGAAAACGGUCAGAACCCGUACAAUGGCAACCACGUCUCAAGCUCAAGUGGAAGGCGCAGAAAGGUGCUGCAGACGAAUAUGAUGAAGAAAGCUUGAGGAAGAUCUUUUCCAAGUAUGGACAUAUAACGUGCCUCAUUGUGUCUGCAAAAAAGAAGGGGUCAGCUCUAGUCGAGUACGAGACUGUGGCAGCUGCGAACCUGGCAAUAAAAAUGGAGCAGGGAAGACCCGAAUGCCCGAUCAUCGUAUCUUGGGUGCAGGAACCACCACCACCAGCGGCUACCGCUCGUGUUUCAGCAGCCAAAUUUCCAGUGGCGUCCGUCGAUAUCUCAGACUACGAAAGUGCUAUCCUCGCAAAAAUGAGGCGAGCACAGGAAAAGAAAACAUUGUCCGAAAAUAUCGCCGGUGAUGACACAUGACAACUGUACUGAACUUUGUAACUCUCGCUGUAAAUAUACUGAAUAUCACCUCA